CCCUCCUUUUAUGCUCUACGCAUCUCUCCCAUAAAAACCUUUCAUCCCCACUGACACAUUACUUCAGUUCAAAGUCAUCGUUGUCUUGUUGAACCAUGUCAUCCGUUGCAGGAUUCACAGACCCGGCUGAAAAGGCACACAAGAAAUCCUUCCACCGGAGGAACGACUCCGGCGAGCUGGACGUGUUUGAAGCUGCAAGGUAUUUCUCCGGCUACAACGAACUUCCUACGACGAUGAUGAAAGAAGAUAGAUCGUCAUGGAGAGGAGGCCGAAUGAGUCUUGAUAUGCCAAUACGAAACGUGCUGGAUCAACAGCUUCAUCUUCAUCAUCAUCAUCAUCAUCACCAUGCGGUGGACCAGAAGCAGAAUAUGAAAGAGAAGAUCAAGUACAAGCAGCCGAGCUCUCCAGGUGGGAGGCUGGCUAGCUUCUUGAACUCUCUUUUCAACCAAUCUGGUUCCAAGAAAAAGAAAUCGAAAUCGAAAUCCAGCACGCAGUCUAUGAAAGAUGAGGAGGAGAGUCCAGGUGGAAGGAGAAGAAGAAGAAGCAGCAUUAGCCAUUUUCGAAACACGAAUAGUACCACUAACACCACUGAUGCCAAGUCCACAUACUCAUCUUCAAGCUCUGGCUUCAGAACACCUCCUCCUUACAGUGCACAGAUCACAACAACUAAAAGCUACAAGGAUUGGAGAAGUUACUCAGAUCACAAGCCGCAGCAGCAAGUGGUGUCCAAUUUGUCCAAGCAAAAUGUUACGUCACAUGCAAAAUCUUCAGUCUCGGAUGAGAAAGUUUCAUCAAACAGAGAGCUAAACUGGUUGGAUGAGAAGUUCAAAUACAAUAACCGGCUGUCCUUGUCGGAAAAGUACAAGAAUUCAACAGAUCAGGAUCACAAUAAAGGAUUGUUGAAGAGACUGAGUGAGGUGGUUGAUGAUGAUGAUGGCGCAGAAAGUGAUUCGAGCUCCGAUCUUUUCGAGUUGCAGAACUAUGACUUAGGGGGCUACUGCUCAAGUGGUUUGCCUGUGUAUGAAACCACCAACGUGGAUAGUAUCAAGAGUAUCAGAGGAACCCCGAUUGCAAAUGCCUCAUAGACACAAUCACGUAAAUUUCUAGUACUGUGUAUUAUUUCAUUGUUAAUUUGCAGUAUGGGAUAUAUGAUCAUAUAAAUUUAUUUUAGACGCA